AGGCCGGAAAAGCGGCGUUGCUGGUAAUACAAGGUAAUCACACAGCCUGGGCCUGGUUCGCGCAUACUCAGGGCGGAGUCGCGAAGACUUCUGGGAGUGCUCGCUCUCUCUCGGAGUGCGCAGGCGCGGCCCACCGAGUGGACAUUUUGGUCUUUGUCCGCGGGUCAGGACGGUCUCUUGGUCCACGUGGCGCGACUCUCUCUAAAGUAGAUUUCUUCAAGAGGAAUUGCCCAAUGCAGGUGAUAAAGAGACCAAACUGUAUGAUCCUCCACUGAAGCAAGAAGAUCCACUGGAUGGUGGGGAAAAAGUAGAAAAGAAGUCUUGUCAGUUCGGCUGGGCAAAAUAACCAGGAGGUGACAAACAACUUGAAGUUUGAAGCGGGAAAUGCUUUAUUACGGAACAACAGCAAAAAAGCCUGAGAAGAUGAUGAACAGAUAGAGAAGCAACAAGACUUGGGAGGCAAGUUGUGUUCAUCAAACUACAGACUGAGGAAAAAAGGAUGUGGAUAUAAGAAAAUUGGAAAAAUCCUGUUUGCUCAACCUCAUUUCUUUAAGGAAACAUUUUUGAAGUUUUAGGUUGAAACUGUUUAGACUUAACCAUGAGGGAAGGUAUGUAGUUGAGUCUCCAAUUUUACUAGCUGGAUGUUCUCUACCACUGCUUAUUUCUUAUGGUAAUAUCCCCCUAUAAGUGUAAAGCAGUGUGAAAUGCCUUCAGUAUAAAAAGUGUGAUAUAGCAUCUGAUAGCAGAGCAUUCAUACUGGAGGAAAACCUCAUGAGUUUACUGAAUGUGGGAAAACUUUUACCCACAUAUCACAUUUCAUUGAACAUAGAAGUCAUGCUGAAGGGAAACCUUGUGCUUCUAAAGAGUAUUGAAAAGCCUUUAGCUAGAUGAUAAAAUUUUCUCACAAAUCUUAUCCAUUCCUCUGCAUUUGAGAGGUCAUACAGAGAAGCCUUCUAAAUGUAAGAAAUGUGGAAAUAUCUUCAGUCAAAAGUAAAUCCUUGUGUAUCAAGAAAUUCAUACUGGAGAGAAACCUUGUGAAUGUGGGAAAGCUUCCAUUCAGAUGUCACACCUCAGUCAGCAGAGAAUUUAUAGUGGGGAAAGCCCCUUUGCCUGUAAGGUAUGUGGGAAAGUCUUCAGCCACAAAUCCAAUCUUACUGAGCAUGAGCUUUUUCAUAAUAGAGAGAAACCUUUUGAAUGUAAUGAAUGUGGGAAGGCCUUUAGCCAAAAGCAGUAUGUCAUUAAACAUCAGAAUACUCAUACUGGAGAGAAGCUUUUUGAGUGUAAUGAUUGUGGAAAAUCCUUCAGCCAGAAAGAAAACCUCCUUACCCAUCAGAAAAUCCACACUGGAGAGAAACCUUUUGAGUGCAAAGAUUGUGGGAAAGCUUUCAUUCAGAAGUCCAACCUUAUCAGACACCAGAGAACUCACACAGGAGAGAAGCCCUUUAUAUGUAAGGAGUGUGGGAAAACCUUUAGUGGGAAAUCAAAUCUUACUGAGCAUGAGAAAAUUCAUAUUGGAGAGAAACCCUUUAAAUGUAAUGAGUGUGGAACAGCUUUUGGCCAGAAGAAGUACCUCAUAAAGCAUCAAAACAUUCACACUGGAGAGAAACCCUAUGAAUGUAAUGAAUGUGGAAAAGCCUUCUCUCAACGAACAUCACUUAUUGUGCAUGUGAGAAUUCAUUCAGGUGAUAAACCUUAUGAAUGCAAUGUAUGUGGAAAAGCCUUCUCUCAGAGUUCAUCUCUCACUGUACAUGUAAGAAGCCAUACAGGUGAGAAACCUUACGGAUGUAAUGAAUGUGGAAAAGCUUUCUCUCAAUUCUCAACCCUAGCUCUGCAUUUGAGAAUACAUACAGGUAAGAAACCUUACCAAUGCAGUGAAUGUGGGAAAGCUUUCAGCCAGAAAUCACACCAUAUUAGACAUCAGAAAAUUCAUACUCAUUAAAA